AGAGAGACAGACAGAGAGAGAGUGUGUGUGUGUUUGUGAGAGAGUGAGAGAGAGAGAGAGAGAGGUGGUUCUCUAAACAAACCCCAGUCUUCAGUGUUGUUUGGCUGAAUGACAGGAGGAGCGGAAGUCGGGACACAGCUGUGGACUCUGAUGCGGAAGUAGACAGUAUUAACUCUCUGUCUCUGUAACUGUUAAAAUAAAUGAGUGAUUAAGCGGAACCGCUCCUGAAUUGCCUCUGUGCAUGCGUGUAACUCUGGAUUAGGGAAAAUGCAAAACGGCUUGUCUAUCUCUGACAGUGAUGGCGUUUCAUUUGCUCCCUUGGUGGUGUUGGAGCUGGCCGAGAACACUGAAGCAGAGACCAUCACAUGGUUAUUAAGCAGAAUAAGAGACAAGCAGCAAAAUGGAGGAGCUGAGCUGCUGGUGGAGCAGCUGUCACUUGGAGGACAGGAUAAGCAAAAAGUGAAUCCUAAUGUUUUUCUUGUGGGCUCCACCUGGCAGAGACUCCUGAAUGGAGCAGAAGAUUUGGGACUUUUUAAGGAGUUCGAAGAUGGUACCAUGCGAGGAUUCACAAAUGCCAACCGAGAGAGUUUCAAAGAAUUCCAAGGGGAUGGCGAUGGCUUCCUCAGCAUUGCAGAAUGUCAAUACAUUAUCAGACACGAGCUGGACACUUUGAGGGCAAAGGAUGAAGUCCAUGUUCCUGGAUACCCUAAACUUAGGCUGUAUCCUGGAAAGUCAGUCAUCCGUAGGUUACAGUCCAAAGGGAUUCUAGUCCAAUAUUUCCCUCUCCAUGAUAAAGAGGAGUUAAAGAGGCUCUCUUCCAAUUGGUACAAAAAGAUCAAGCUGUCCAUUCAGCCAUUGAAUGAUAUCAGGCAUUACUUUGGUGAAGGUUUAGCGCUCUAUUUUGGUUUUCUGGAGUACUUCACAUUUGCCUUGGUGCCGAUGGCCCUGAUCGGGAUCCCCUACUACAUCUUUGAUUGGGAGGACUAUGAUAAAUAUGUUCUCUUUGCUGUCUUCAACUUGGUGUGGUCCACUGUCUUCCUGGAGGUGUGGAAGAGAUGUAGUGCACAGCUGGCUUAUGGAUGGGGAACACUGAGUCGUAAGAAAGCAUUUGAAGAACCACGACCGGGAUUUCAUGGAGUUCUAGGACUUAAUCCUGUAACAGGCCGCGAGGAGCCAACCUACUCUAACACCAAACGGCAGUUGAGGAUAUAUCUGGUGUCUGUCCCCUUUGUGCUGCUGUGCCUGUACAUCGCUCUCCAUGUGAUGAUGAUCUACUUUGGCAUGGAGAGCUGGGCAAUGAGCAUUUAUAAUGAAGAUCCAAACUUCCUAACAAGUGUGCUGCUUUUCAUACCAAGUAUCAUCUAUGCUGUGGUCAUUGAGAUCAUGAACCUGCUGUACCGCUACGCAGCUGAGUUUCUCACAGACUGGGAAAACCACAGACUAGAAUCAUCCUUCCAGAAUCACCUGGUUCUUAAAGUGUUGGUGUUCAACUUCAUCAACUGUUUUGCCUCUUUAUUUUACAUUGCCUUUGUAAUGCAAGAUAUGGCGUUGCUUCGACACAGUCUUGCCACGCUUCUCAUCACCUCUCAAAUCCUGAACCAAGUGAUGGAAGCCUUCCUGCCGUACUGGCUGCAGAGGAGACGAAAUAAGAAGGUCCAUAAGAGAGUGAGGAGGGUGAUGGGAGAUCAGGAGCUUCCCAUGGUGGAGCAGGUCCACCUGGAGAGUGACAUGAAUACUUACCUGGGCACGUUUGAUGACUAUCUGGAGCAGUUCUUACUGUUUGGCUACGUCAGUCUGUUCUCCUGCGUGUAUCCUCUGGCUGCUGUGCUGGUGGUGCUCAACAACAUCACAGAGGUCUAUUCAGACGCCUUUAAAAUGUGUCACGUGUUCAAGCGGCCAUUCUCUGAGCCUGCGUCUGACAUCGGAGUAUGGCAGCUGGCAUUCGAGACGAUGAGCGUUAUUGCCGUGGUCACCAACUGUGCCUUGAUUGGUCUGUCUCCUCAAGUGCAGGCCUACUUCCCUGAGGCAGACACACAACUUAUCCUCACUGUAGUGGCUGUUGAGCAUGUCCUCCUGGCCUUCAAAUUUAUCCUGGCCUUCAUUAUUCCAGACGUGCCCAAGCACAUUCAGAUCAAGCUUGCCAAGCUGGAGUUUGAGUCUCUGGAAGCUCUGAAGAAGAAGAAAAUGCUGGAGGCAGCAGAGAUAUCAAAGACCAAGAAGUAACGAGGAGCAAUGAGGCCAACAGUGGCACAGCUUCUGAUGAUGCAGAUCUGAAACUGCCUCAGGUGUUUACAUACAGUGUACCCAAUCAAGCAUUACAUAUCACCUACCAUCAAUGUGCACUCCUGACAUGUUCUUCACAAACACUGCUGACAUACAGCGCAAGCUGCAACUCAAUUACUGCAUGUUAGCUAGUACAAUCUCAGUUUGAGCUUUUAAUUAUGAUUUUAAUUGUUUUUAUGAGGCUUUCCACUUCAUAAAGCCAAGAAGUACCUAUUGGCCCCUAAUAGUAAUAAUUGUAUGUGGAAUUUGGUUAAAAAAUUAUUUAUAAACAGUUGUUCUGUGACACUGUGUUAUUAUCUGUAAACUGUACUGAGCAUGAAUUGCACUUUACUAGUGUAAUCACGUUGCCAAUGAAAAAAGGUUGAGUACCUGUGCCUGGGCCACUACAAGAUUUAUACGAUCAUAACCCUCGUUGGAAAAUAUGAGACUCCAAAAAUAAUGACAGAUUUUUGUCCUGGAUCAUGAUUUUUCUCAGACUUCUUCUGAGAAUGUGAUUUCAGAUCAAGUUAAACAUGUAUUUCAAGCUGUAUUUCAAGACGACAGGACGUUGAGUCGUUGCUAACAACUGAACUGUGAGUAGAUCAAGGGGCUAAAUCUAGAUUUUACACACUACAGGAUAAUUCUGAAAGAUAAUUGUUUAAGACCAACCUAAAAUUGGGAAACCUUUGCAAUGGUCAGGUGGGGUAAACUGGCCUGAUUAUUAUUCCCUAUUGUGACCCAGGCAUAAGUAGUUUUGACAUGUAUGCAAUAGGGUAAAGGUUUUCUGCUUUUUCAUGGCAGUAUAUGUAGUGAUUCUCCCACACACUCCUGUUCAACCAAAGACUGAACAGUGCCUUUAAAUACCAUUAUAUCAGAUACUCAUGUUACUGAUUUUGUGUGCACUGUACUUGAAGCCAGGUUAACCUGAAAAUAAAUACCUAAACUAUUACAGUGAUAAA